AUGAAGUCAAUCAUUCGUGCAAGAGACAAGGGUGUAAAAUUUGAAGUACAUUGGAGUGCUGAAGACCAACUAAUUGAGCCUAACGGUUCAAUGUUGGCAAGUUACAUUGGUUUCCUUGUUCGCCAACAUAUUCCGAUUACAUGUGAUAAUUGGAGAAGUCCGGACUUGAAGGUUGGCAAGGAAAAAAUAUGGUCGGAGAUACAGAGAUCCUUUCACAUCGAUGAAAGCCGGCAAAAAUAUUGUAUUCAAUUGGCCGGAAAAAGACUCCGAGGAUUUCGAUCCUUUUUGUGCAACAAAUUUCUCAAGGAUGAGGAAGGAAAAUUUGUUGAAGGAGAAUGGCCAAUGAAGUAUGCCGAGAUUAUUUCAGCCGAUGAAUGGGAUAACUUUGUCGCCAAACGAAGAAACGAAAAAUUUCAUGAAGUAAGCGACAUAAAUAGGAAAAGGGCAUCAAAACCCGCGUAUCCGUACAAAAAAGGGCGUACGGGUUAUGCACGGUUACAACAAAGAAUUCUGACCGAGGAGAAAAGUGACGCAACAUCUCUUCCGGAGCACGUAUUAUGGAAGGCUGCUCGGGUUGGGAAGGAUGGGGCUGUCGUUGAAGCGGUCCAAAAUUCUAAUAUUUAUUAUGUUUCUCUUUAA